AUGUCAACAAGUCUUAAUACAAUAACUAACAAAAAUAAACCUGAAUUGGAAGAGUUAAAGAUAACUCAAGAAGAUAGUUUGAAUGGUUUUUUGGUUAAACUAGAAAAUCAUAUGACUAUGGUGGUUAAGCAAACAAAAACAAAUAAAUAUACUAAUGAUUUUAAACAACUAGAUGAUGAAGAUUCCAAUGAUUUGAUUGAAAGCAAAUUUGCUUUCGAUUAUUCUAAAUCUUUUACUAAUAAAGCUAAUCAAAAAAUCCUUAAAGCAUAUUUACUAUUUUAUAUGAAAGAAUACGAAUUCUGGGAUAACAACUUUAAAAUAUUAGGGCAUCCAAUUAGAGAAAUCAAAGCAUUAUUUGCACAAGAAUUAAUAUCACCUAAGAUUAAAGAAAUUUAUUAUGUUCCUUUUAUCCCUUGGCAUAUUGAUGAGGCUAUAAGAGUGCGUAAAAUUAUUGAUGCAAAAGUUGAACAACAACCCUGUCCAAUAUCACCAGACUUUUCACAAUGGGCCAUUAAGCCAUAUAAUCUAAACACUAUUCUUUAUAAUGCAGUUGAUCCAGAUUCUGAAGAUGAUUAUAUGACAACUGACCUUAUUAUUGAUUCACAACCUGUAGAAACAUUCAAUUAUGGAUUAACAGAUUUAAAUAACACUCAUGAUCGAUCAUCAUCCACAUUCAGUCAAAUCAAAUUGAAUAAUAACUUUGAAAAACAAAGUAAUGAUACAAGCAUUGAAUCUAAAGAGCAUAGAGUUCCAUCAGAAGAUGCAAUGAUUAACCAAAAAUCAGCAGGACCUAAUAAAAAAUAA